AUGACAUGGAGGAACCACAUAGAGCUAACCACUCUCCGGGCAAAACGGCGACUCUCACUCAUGAAGAAGCUGACAUGCAGCCAGUGGGGAGCAGACACCAGUGUCCUGAAGAAACUCUAUGUCGGAAGAAUAAGGCCAGUGAUGGAGUACGGGACAACUGCAAUGGCCAAUGCAGCCAAGUCCAACACUGCAAAACUCAACCGUGUGCAGAACCAAGCCGAGCGCAUCAUCACCGGGGCCAUGAAAUCUACGCCAAUCACUGCAAUGGAGACCAUAACCAAGCUCCAACCACAAGAAGACCGGAGGGAAGUGAAGGUGAUCACACUGGCAGAGAAAUUCAAAAGGAUGAAAACCCACCCAAUGCACCAGAGAAUCCAAAAAGGAGCUCGGAAAAGACUGAAGCGAGGCAGCUUCAUCAGUCAAAGCAAGGCACUGGAAAGGAAUCACCCUGAACUGAAAGUCAGCACUCCAAGGGAUAUACUAUCUAGCAGACCCAAGCCAAUACUCGACCCCCGAAUGUCACCGGAGAUCAAGGAGACAGUCCCUGGUAUCCUCAGCAAACACCUCCAAACUGAUGAGGCACGGAAAGCUCUGACAAUGGAGCAUAUCCACAUGCAGUACCCAGACCAGAAGUGGACCCAUGUGUAUACUGAUGGGUCAGCAACUGACGCAAUCAGAGAUGGAGGAGGAGGCAUCCUUAUCAAGUAUAAAGACGAGGAAGAGACAAUCGCGAUAUCAACAGGUAGAUACUCCAGCAACUACAGAGCUGAAGCCGUCGCAAUUGAAGAGGCAACCAAGAGGCUGAAACAGAAGAGGAACAAGACCAGACAUCGAAUAGUCAUAUUCACUGAUGCCCUUUCUGUCCUGAAAGCCAUGCAAGAUCCGAAGAAGGAGGAAAUGCAGAACCUCACCACAUCUCUGAGAGCCCUAUGUUCAUGCAGGAAGAAAGUCGUUCUCCAGUGGAUACCAGCCCACUGCAACAUCAAGGGGAACGAGAAGGCCGACCAUCUGGCCAAGGAAGGAAGCCAACUACACCAGAGCGACCUGUCCCUAACAUAUAAGGAGGCAAAAACCAAUAUCAAAGCUGCCUACUGGACCAAGUGGAAGGAAGAGCACAAGGGAUAUAAUGCUAAUGACAAUUACAACAAACUCACCAGAGGAGGCCAGGUCAUCAUAUUCCGACUGCGAACCGGCCACAACAGGUUACGCCAUCACCUGUUUACAAAGUUACGGAUCGGAGACAACGACUUGUGCCCAUGUGCCACAGAACCGAUGACCGUGGCACACAUCCUGACAAGAUGUGCGAGAUUGGCAGCUCUGAGAAAAGACAUCUGGCCAGAAGUCAAGAUUGAAAAAGAAUCUUUCAAAAAUUGA